AUCGUCACUUGUGCAUGCCGCUUUUUUUGACAAUCAUAAGUUGAUAGCGAUUUGCCGGGAAAGGUAGCCGAUCUACUGCGUUUUAAGGCAUCCAUUAAGUGCGACUCUGCAGUCCUGUAUUUCGUUUUCUCCUGUUCAAGCAGAAUGAGUGCAUAUCGCGGAAAUAAGCGUCAACAUUUCGGGAAAGCAGGCGGUCGUCGUGGAAGAGAUCAUGAAAAUGCGCCGGUAGAUGAGAACAAUCCUAUCAUACAGUGUUUCCGUGAAUACGCGACAAUUUUAGACGCGAAGCACGAUAAAUAUGAGCGUAUAGUGAAAAUCAGCCGAGACAUUACGAUUGAAUCCAAGCGAAUCAUCUUUCUUCUGCAUACCAUCGAUCCUAGGAAAAACAAUGUUCGAAAAGUUUGCGAAGAAGCAAAGGAACGGCUGGAAGCUAUUUUUCGCAACCAUUUUAUUAACAUAGCAAAAGAACUGAAGGACCAAGAUCCCUACCAGUAUUCCCGAGCAUAUACAAAUGGCAUGCAAGAGUUUAUUGAAGCUUACACAUUUUACGAAUACUCUUGCGGGCAGGAUAUAUCGCACUGGGAAUCUAUUCAAAAGAAGCUAACAUAUGAAAAGACCCCAACCGAAAUUCCAACCGAUGCUAAGAGCACUAAGGAGAACGACAAUAUGGAACCAUCUUCCGAAUCCGGCUUGGAGAAGCCAACAAUAACAACGGCAUUGCACAAAGGUGACGAAGCAGUUAUAAUGGCUUGUUUUCUGCAUCCGCAAGAUUUUGUAUUGGGUCUUGGUGAUCUUAGCGGUGAAAUAAUGAGGACGUGCGUCAAUUCUCUCGGAGCCGGAAAUUCUGAGAGUUGUUUCCAACAUUGCCGUUUUAUGCAAGAACUGUACAAAGGUUUCCUGAGUGUAACGUCGAUACGGAGUCGAGAUUUUUCUCACAAAAUGAUCACUUUACGGCAAAGUCUUCUGAAAAGUGAGAAUGUUUGCUAUAACGUGACGGUUCGAGGUGGUGAAGCGGCCAAAUGGGGGACUACCGAUGAUGCCGCUGGUGCGCUGUUCCAGUUACAACUCUCAAAGGAUGAUGACGACGAGGGCGUUUUUUUCUAAACUGGUGCUAAUUUGUACAAAAACCAUAUUAAGGUAGGAAAGAUACAUUUUCAUGAAGCUUGUUUAUUAGUACAGGAUAGGUGCGUAAAAUUUCUCGUUCGAAGGGGCAAAACUAAUAGUUAUGCAGCACGUAGUAAUAUGAUAAAGUCCAUUAUAAGAAACAUGAUCUAAGUUCAACAUUUAAAACAUAUGAACAUAAAAUUUCAUAUCAUACGCUAAAACAAACCUUGCUUUUCUACAAAUAACUUUUAAUAGCAUUCAAUAUUUGAUGUUAGCAGCCAAUAUCUGAACUACUGUUUUCUUUCUGUUUAUCUGUCUGUUUAAGGUGGACAGAUAUUUUCAAAUCAACGAUCGCUAUCGGAAUAAUUAAAACAUUGUUUA